AUGGCCGAUCUACAGGGACGAAAGGUCUUCAAGGUCUUCAACCAGGACUUCAUCGUGGACGAGCGCUACACCGUUACCAAGGAGCUGGGCCAGGGAGCCUACGGCAUCGUGUGCGCCGCUGUCAACAACCAGAGUAACGAGGGCGUCGCCAUUAAGAAGGUCACCAAUGUCUUCAGCAAGAAGAUCCUGGCCAAGCGCGCCCUGCGUGAGAUCAAGCUCCUACAACACUUCCGUGGCCAUCGCAAUAUCACUUGCCUAUAUGACAUGGACAUUCCUCGCCCAGACAACUUCAAUGAGACUUAUCUGUACGAAGAGCUGAUGGAAUGCGAUCUUGCUGCAAUCAUCCGCUCAGGCCAGCCCCUCACCGACGCUCACUUCCAAUCCUUCAUCUACCAGAUCCUAUGCGGCCUGAAAUACAUCCACUCAGCGAACGUGCUUCAUCGUGACCUGAAGCCCGGAAACCUGUUGGUCAACGCGGAUUGCGAGCUGAAGAUUUGCGACUUCGGUCUGGCGCGUGGUUUCUCGAUCGAUCCCGAGGAGAACGCCGGAUACAUGACAGAAUACGUCGCCACGAGAUGGUACCGCGCCCCUGAGAUCAUGCUGAGCUUCCAGAGCUAUACCAAAGCUAUCGAUGUUUGGUCCGUGGGCUGCAUCCUAGCCGAGCUUCUCGGAGGCCGACCAUUCUUCAAGGGCAGGGACUACGUCGACCAGCUCAAUCAGAUUCUCCACAUCCUCGGAACGCCCAACGAGGAGACGCUGUCCCGCAUCGGCUCGCCCCGCGCCCAGGAGUACGUCCGCAACCUGCCCUUCAUGCCCAAGAAGCCCUUCGCCUCGCUCUUCCCCAACGCCAACCCGGACGCCCUCGACCUGCUGGACCGUAUGCUGGCCUUCGACCCGUCCUCGCGCAUCAGCGUCGAGCAGGCGCUCGAGCACCCGUACUUGCAGAUCUGGCACGACGCGUCUGACGAGCCGGACUGCCCUACGACCUUCGACUUCGACUUCGAGGUGGUCGAGGACGUGGGAGAGAUGCGCAAGAUGAUCUUGGAGGAGGUCUACCGGUUCAGACAGGUUGUCCGGACGGUUCCAGGCUCCGGCGGAGGCCAGCACGCUGGGCAGCAGGGCGGCGCGAGCCAGGUCCCCAUGCCGAGCGGUGGCGCCACGGGCCAGUGGAGGACGGAGGACCCGAGGCCUGAGGAAUACUUGGGACAGCAUCCCGGUGGUCUCGAGGCGGACCUUGCCAUGGGUGCCGAUGGCAGGAGGUCAUGCCGAUACCUGUUAUCGGAGGGUGACAGAGAUGUCGAGGCUCAUAAAAGAAAAGAGCACAGCGAGGUGAUGGACUGCGUGGUCGAGGACCUCAGCCCAGCGCAGCAGGACGAGUACUGGCUGCGGGUGCAGAAGAGGCUGGAGACGGUUAGGCGGGUGCUGGAGAAGCAGCCAGGCGUCAGGUCGCCCAAACCUGCCGUCUCCAUCCUAGGUGCUGAGGAAGGAGGCAGCAGGUGCCUCUACGAAAAGUGCAAGGGGAUAUAUAUAGAGUAG